AUGCGGGAUUGUUUUCACUUCAUAAAAGAUAAAUUCAACAAGGUUCUUGUCGCCAAUCGGGGAGAAAUCGCUUGUCGCGUCAUUCAGUCCUGCAAACGGCAAGGAAUCAGAACCGUAGCCGUGUAUAGUGAAGCCGAUGCUGUCUCUCGUUUUGUCCGUAUGGCAGAUGAAUCCGUAUGUGUUGGUCCGGCUGCAAGUGCUCAAUCUUAUCUCAAUAUGCCGGCAAUUCUGGAUGCUGUGAAAACUACCAAAGCUGAAGCUGUGCAUCCGGGUUAUGGCUUUCUAUCUGAAAAUACUCUGUUUGCUGCAGAACUGGAGAAGAUUGGUGUUGUUUUCCUGGGUCCAAAUUCGAAAGCCAUUAAAUCCAUGGGGGACAAAAUUGAAAGUAAACGCAUUGCAACAAAAGCAAAGGUAAAUGGCAUUCCCGGGUUCGACGGAGAAGUCGCUGAUGAAAACGAAGCUGUUAAAAUAGCACAAAAAAUUGGUUACCCAGUGAUGAUCAAGGCAUCUGCUGGUGGCGGUGGGAAGGGUAUGCGUAUUGCCUGGAAUGAUAAAGAAGCACGAGAGGGAUUCCGCUUGUCUAAGGCUGAAGCAAAGUCUAGCUUUGGCGAUGAUCGUAUGCUCAUCGAAAAAUUCAUUGACAAUCCACGGCAUAUUGAAAUCCAAGUUUUGUGUGACCGACAUGGAAAUGCAAUCUAUCUGAAUGAGCGUGAAUGCUCUAUUCAACGACGUAAUCAGAAGGUUAUUGAAGAAGCACCUAGUACAUUCUUGGAUCCGGAUACUCGACGAGCUAUGGGUGAGCAGGCAGUUUCGCUCGCUAAAGCCGUUGGAUACGAUUCUGCGGGAACCGUCGAGUUUCUGGUAGACUCCAAAAAGAACUUUUAUUUCCUCGAGAUGAACACCCGGCUACAAGUAGAACAUCCGAUUACUGAGUGCACGACUGGCGUCGAUAUCGUGCAUCAAAUGCUUCGAUCUGAUAUACCCAUCCAUGGUUGGGCUAUAGAAUGUCGUGUCUACGCCGAAGAUCCGUACAAAGCUUUCGGCUUGCCCUCCAUCGGUCGUUUGAAUUCCUAUAUUGAGCCGGUGCAUAUUCCCAACGUUCGAUGCGAUAGUGGAAUUAGCGAAGGUUCGGAGAUUUCCAUUUUCUACGAUCCAAUGAUCUGCAAACUGGUCACGUACGGUCCCAAUCGACAAGCGGCUUUGAAUACGAUGGCUCGCGCUCUGGACAGCUACGUUAUUCGUGGUGUAACACACAAUAUCCCAUUGCUUCGUGAUAUUAUCACAGAAAAGCGUCACGUAUGGGACUUGGUUGCUGGUUUGGACCCCAAAGUGCUGGGUCAAGAUUCCCAAGGUCAGCACUUCAUGCGUUGUCGUAUUACACACAAGAACGGCGCUUUCGAAGUUCGCAUGUCCCCAUGGACUCAACCCGAAAAUGUGACCACCGCCAAAGGAGACUCAAAGUCUCUUCACUCCUCUCCGUGCCAAAAGAUGGACGAAUCUAAAGCGGCCGUGGUUCGAGUCUCUGACAAUUUCAAACUUUCGGACAAAGUGAUUCACCACAAUGCAGAUGGCAAUGAUGUCAUUCUCCAACUUCUUGAUCGCGGUGUGGACACAGUUCGACUGCAAUACUUGGGUACGGCUUUUCCAGUAGACAUUUGCGAUACAAACGCGGCUUGGUACCACGCAGCCUAUAUGCCCCCACCCAAAGUGGUCGACUACGGAUCUAUCUGUAUCGCACCAAUGCCUGGUUUGGUGCGCUCCGUUGCCGUGAAAGUCGGAGAUCGGGUCAGUGAUGGACAGGAGUUGUGCGUCUUGGAAGCCAUGAAGAUGCAGAAUAGUCUGUCAGCUGGUCGUUCCGGAGUGGUGAAGAAAGUCAACUUCAAAGCUGGUGAUACUGUCGGUGAUGGCGAUGUGAUCGUGGAGCUCGAAUAG